ACGAGGAAAGAGCAAAAAGAGAAUCAUCGAGUUUAUUCCGACCCGAAACAGAAAAGAGAGGUGUUCAACCUCUAGUUCUACUUCUUCAACCUCUCGUCAUCUUUUUUUUUUACAUUAUUUUACCCCUUUUUUGCAUCGUCGUCUUCUAAUUUUCUCUCUCCUAGAAAAUCAAAAUCCUCUCACUUUUUGCUCCGAAAGAACACUUUGAUACUCGUCGUUAAUUUGCGCCGAUUUUCCUCCCCUUUUAAUGGCCUUCCUACGUCAAAUUCUCGUUUGAUUUAGUUCAAUCCAUUUGCGAAUUUUAGCUGUGAUUUUGGUAAAUAACCGGAUAAUCAAAAUUGAAAAUAAAAAACAGUCGAAAAUUCGAGGAAUAUUAAAGGAGAAAAUUUGGAGGGAACGCAAAAAUAUAAUGGGGGCAGCUGGGUCCAAAUUGGAGAAAGCCCUCGGUGAUCAUUUUCCUGAAGGGGAGAGAUAUUUUGGGCUUGAGAAUUUCGGCAACACUUGCUACUGCAACAGCGUUUUGCAGGCUCUCUAUUUCUGUGUCCCAUUUCGUGACAAAUUACUAGAGUACUAUGAGAAGAACAAAAAUCCUGCUGAUCCAGAGGAAAAUUUGCUCACGUGUUUGGCAGAUUUAUUCACUCAGAUAAGUUCCCAGAAGAAAAAAACAGGUGUAAUUGCUCCCAAACGCUUUGUACAGAGAGUAAGGAAAGAAAAUGAGCUUUUCCGUGGUUACAUGCAUCAGGAUGCUCAUGAAUUCCUGAACUUUUUGUUGAAUGAACUUGUUGAUAUUCUGGAGAAAGAAUCUUCUGCAGCAAAAGAUAGCUCAGAAAAUUCUUCUUCUGAUAAGAUUGCAAAUGGACCAAGAAAUGGCCUUGCCAAUGGUGUACAGAAGGAACCUCUUGUUACUUGGGUUCAUAAAAAUUUUCAGGGUAUAUUGACAAAUGAAACGAAGUGCCUAAGGUGUGAGACCGUCACGGCUAGAGAUGAGACAUUCUUCGAUUUAAGUCUUGAUAUAGAACAGAACAGCUCCAUUACUAGUUGCCUUAAGAAUUUCAGCUCCACUGAAACUCUAAAUGCCGAGGAUAAAUUCUUCUGUGACAAAUGCUGUAGUUUGCAAGAAGCUCAGAAGAGAAUGAAGAUUAAAAAGCCACCUCACAUCCUUGUGAUUCACCUAAAGCGUUUCAAGUACAUUGAGAAUCUCGGUCGGUACAAGAAGCUCUCUUAUCGAGUCGUGUUCCCAUUGGAGCUAAAAUUAACCAACACGAUGGAGGAUGCAGACUCAGAGUACUCCUUAUUUGCAGUGGUUGUACAUGUGGGGACUGGACCAAACCAUGGUCACUACGUCAGCCUUGUGAAAAGCCACAACCACUGGUUGUUCUUUGAUGACGAGAAUGUUGAUAUAAUAGACGAGUCUGCCGUUCAGACUUUCUUUGGAUCAGCUCAAGAGUAUUCUAGCAACUCAGAGCACGGGUAUAUCUUAUUCUAUGAAAGGCUUACAAGCGUCACAAGUUAACCAAAAUUUUGAUUGAUUUCCGACUUCUUGUCUCUACUCCUGUCAUGUCAUCAUGUGUUUGUGUGAAAUGAGCUCGAAAACCUCAGUAUGUUCUGUUGUACAGAGAAUGAAGUAUCGUUUUUUCCUUUACAUUCUCUUUAGUUUCCCAAGGGAACAACAAUAAAUUCGACUGUAAAUGACAGUUUGGAGAAAGAUGUUCACUAACUUAAGGGCUGCCGAUAAUUGUGAAUCGGUUUAUAUACACUUGAGCUCGUGACUGUUGGUCUUUGCUCUGCCUUUUGACUAGCUGGGCUAUAUCAAUAUUCAUUGGUUAGUAACUUCUUGGAA